AUUCGCCCUCGACACGACUCUACAGCAGCCCAAGCACUGAUACUCAGUGCCCCCUACAGCUCUCUACACCCUCCUCUACGUUUAUGCUUUCACCGUCACCCUACCGCCCAGAACCCGACACUUUUGAACCACUCCAACCCGCCAACAACACCGACCCGAACUCGCAACAUGACGAUGACUCCGACGGCAUUCAUGUCGAGCCGCCCAGCUCGGCAGCCAACGCACCAGCGUACAAACGUCCUCUUGACCCCAAGAAACUGAAGCGGCGGGGCAAGGGCAAGCUCGAAGGCGUCGAAGGCGGGCAGUGCUAUAUCCUCGACCUCCCCGAGGACCUGCUACACCACUUCCUGACGCGUCUGCCGCCGCGCUCGCUCCUCCAGCUCGCGUCCACGUGCAAGCUUCUGCAUAACCAGGCCAAGUCGGAAUCCAUCUGGCGCCAAUGCUACAUCAACCACUUCUUCUGGGACGGCGCCGCCAGCGAUGGCGCCGCUAGGGAGCAGGUCAAGGUCCUUGUGCAAGGAUGCAUGGGGCCUGGUGGGCGCGGCUGGAAGCGCGAGGCGCUCUCGCGCGAAGGCAUGCUCGAGCGCUGGACCGCGUCGCGUACGACGUUUGUCGUCCACCAUCCCCUCACGGUCGUGGUGCACAACAUGUCCCUGUCGUAUCCGCCUCACCAGGCGUCGCACAAGGCCGGCCCUCUCGUCGUGGGCAAAAUGCACCAGACCACUCCGUCCAAGUCUCCCGGCGCGUCGGGUGCGGACUCGCCCCAUACGCCGUCGCCUGCCGCCAAGAUGUCUCAUAGGCAGAAGUACGAGGCGAUGCUGGCUGUCUCGUCGCGUCCCCCGCCAAGCCUGUUCUGUGCCGGCAUGGAGGUCGGCGCGCUGGUCAGGAGCGACCCGCUCACUGGCAAGGUGUCCAAGGGGUUCUGGGGUCCGGGACAAGAUGCAAACUUCCACCUCCGCCCUCACUGGGAUCCAAACUCGGCGCCGUCGGCCAUCUUUAUCCCCAAGCGCUCGCAGACGCACAUGCUGUGGGGCCUGCUGACGGGCUCGUGCGUACACACCACGAUACAGUCGCGCACGCACGCCACGCACGGUGGCAGGGCCAACUCGGUCAACGUGACCUCCAAGCCAAACGACAUGCACGAUGGUGCGGUCCUCUCCAUCUCCCAGCCAGAGGUUAACGGCACCGACCCGUUGAAGUGGGUCACCGGUGGCGAGGACGGGCGUGUCAAGUACUGGCAGCUCAACCCGGCGACCGGUCGCUCGGGGAAGAAGACGCCAGACGCUGCUCCGGCGUCGAUCACCUGCCUGUUCACGUCGGAGCCGGUCGAGGAGCCUCUGGCGAACCGCGCUGAAGAGGUGAGGCUGCGGCAAGUUGCUCAGCCGGACGCGAUCGCACACGUUGCCUGCGACCUGCAGCAUGACGUUGUGUGCGGCGUGACCGUAGACGGCGACCUGCGUGUGUGGUUUGACGCGGCGUCGUCUCCUGAAGAGGUGCGCGUUGACGUUGGGUCCGAGGCCGACCUCGGCGGCGUGCGGCUGCUUCGCCUGUCAUGCUCGCAGACCAACAACGGCCUCGUCGCCUCCGUCCUUGUCCACCACUGGAAGCACCCAAAAAUUACUCGCUACGACAUCUCGCCCGACGCGACAGUCAAAACGACGUUCUACGCCACUGCCAGCGAGUCCCCUCUGACCACCGUGCAAGCGUUCCUCCAGCCCACCCCGCCAAUUGCGCGACCUCCGGAGCCCGAGGUCAGCCUGUCCGCUCGCAUCGUCACGCCCAACAGCAACUCUGGUGCCAACACACCUGCCGCUCCGCCUCCCGAACUCAACCUGGAAACACUUCCACGCCGACUUGUUCCGCAAGAGUUCGGUCGCUUCAUUGUGGCUGGCGAUGAGCACGGCAGAGCGUACAUUUGGGAGUGGGACGGUCGUGCAGUUGACAAUGUUGUGCGGCCGUUGCGUGACUGGUUUGCUACCGACGGAAAGGUUACUGCCGUGGACGCCCACUGCAGUUUGAUUGCAGUCGGAAGCUAUGACGGCCACAUCGACGUCUUUGAUCCGCUCCCGGCAGUUCCUAUUAGGGUUCGCGGCUUCCGCCCUCCGAGUCACCUUACUCCCGGCGAUUUGAUGGUCGCGGCAAGUGACGAGCUGCGCGCGCGUCACUACAACGUGAACCAUGUUAUCAUCGAGAACGACUUGGUGGUGGGCGCGAUUGGUCGUAACGUAUUGGCUUGGCGCGCUGGCACUGGAAAGGGUCGACAGUCUGGCAAGGAUACUACCCCUCGCAAAGCCCCUGGUGGCGGCGGCAAGGGCGAGUUCCGGGGCCACAGUCGCACUCUUGAUUUGCGCGACUUGCACCAAGAGACGGUCGACUCUCACCAUGAAAUUCAAGAAGAGAACACUGCCACCAGGGUCCACUCCACCCAUGAACGGGCACACCUCGCAGCAAUGGAAGACUUGGGUCUUGCCGACGGAGACGCUGCGCUACAGUACGCUCUGAUGAUCUCGCAGCAAGAGGCGGAUGGCGUGCAGCAAACGGUGCCUGAGCCGACUACGGCCGACGAGGACGAGGUGAUGAGUGACGACGAAGCGGACGCGAUUCGCGCUGUGGAGCAGUUCAAGCAGGCAGAGGAGGACGACCUGGCUGCGAUUCUCGAGCAGAUCCGACUGGCAGAGGAGCGCGAAGCGGCAGGACGCUAAGGCACGACGCAACCAUAAUACAAACCUAGACUUUUUGGCAUGAUAAUUCUUUGGGAU